CAGGAAAAAGUGACACUACAGGGCAGAAGAACCCUCUGAGCACCUGCCUGUGAGAUCACAAGAGGGAACACAGGCAUGGUUCCAUCUGCACUCCAGCCACAGGACCCACAGCCCCAGCCCCAGCAGUCUCAGCCCUGGCCCCAGCACUCUCAGCUCCGGGAGCCGUGGAGGAGAGCAGAUGGACACAAGCCACAAGGCUCUUCCUCCCUCCCCGGCAUCCCUCCGGAGUGCCAGCCAUGCUGAAGCCUGCAGUCAUCAUCGACAGCGGCAGCAGCUUCACCCGGGGCGGCUUUGCAGGGCAGUGGCAGCCCCAGUUUGUUCUAAGGACUGUGCUGCUGCACCCCUGCAGUGCAGGCCCCAGGAGGGACACCCAGCAGCAUCCCACUGCUGCCACGGGAAGCACGGGAGGCUGCGCCGCAACACCCAGGUCCUGCCCACUCAAGCACGGCAUCGUUGAGGACUGGGAUGGCAUGAAAAGCCUGUGGGGCCACCUCUUCUCCUGCAGCCUCAGAGUCCCUCCAGAGGAACACCCGGUGCUCCUGGCUGAGUCCCCGUCCUGCCCUGCCGCCGACAGGGUAAAGGCAGCCGAGGUGUUUUUUGAGAGCUUUGGGGUGCCAGCCCUGCACGUGGCCAACACCGGGUUCCUGUCCCUCUGCGCCCACGGCAGAGUCACCGGGCUGGCCGUGGAGGCUGGGGCGGGAGUGUCCCACGUCACCUCCGUCUGCCUGGGCCAGACCCUGAGGAAGGGCACCCAGCGCCUGGGGGUGGCCGGGGAGCUCCUGUCCAGCCACCUGCACCGGCUGCUGCUGGAGAGCCCCAACCAGCCCUCGGCGCUGCACGCCCUGACGAGGAAGACGCUGUCCCAGCUGAAGAAGCAGUGCUGCUACGUCUCCCUGGACUACGAAAGAGACCUCCAGGACCAAGGUUGCCAUCAUCCAGCCAGAUUCCAGAUGCCAGACGGGCACUGGAUAACCCUGGGCAAGGAGCGGUUCUGCUGCCCAGAGCCGCUCUUCCAGCCCAAGCUGCUCCAGCACAGCUGCCCCGGGCUGCACCAGCUGGCCUGGCAGAGCCUCCAGACGGUGCCCGACCACGCCAGGAGGGACAUACUGGGCAACAUCGUGCUCUCAGGCGGCUCCUCCAUGUUUCCUGGCUUCCCAGAGAGGAUGUGCUUAGGGCUGAACCUCCUCUCCCAAGGCACGGGCGUCCAGAUCGAUGUCCUGGCAAGCCCGGCGAGGGGCACGGCGGCCUGGGUGGGGGGCUCCAUGGCAGCGUCUCUCACGUCCUUCCAGCGCGCGUGGUUGACAAAGGGCGAGUACCAGGAGCUCGGAGCUGAGUGUGUGCACACCAAAUUCCAGUAGACAGAUGGCAGCCAUCCCACUGUCAAGCUACAGCAGGAGGGACUCCAAAACACCGCCUUUGUCCUGGCAGAGCUGCGGCAGCGGUGACCGAGGGCAGCUCCCGCGCUGCCACAGGGGUGCAAAGUCAAUUAAAGCGCUCCAAAAGGAACAA